ACAAUCGGGGAGUUAUUCCUCAUCCUCAGUGAGAUGGGUUUCACAGAAGACCAGAUCCAGGCAGCUGUGCAGGCGGGACAUUUUUCUGUGACAGAAGCCACUGAGUGGCUUUUACAGGGUCAGUAUCCACGGCACAGGUUGGUGAAGCAGUCCUCACAACCAGCUGAAACAGCCUUUUCUGCCUUCAACCCUCCCAAAGAAGCAGCGAGCACCUCUGCCUCAUCACCUGACAGCAGAGCUGGCUCAUCGUUGGUUCUGAAGGCGUCACAAUCCUCCACCCWGUCCCCCGAUCCACCUCCGCUCGAGUCACGGAUCAAACAAGACAAGAGCYACUUUGAAGAGAAAGAAAGGCAGCGUGUUGCUCAGGAAGUCCGAGCUGAGAAAAGGCAAAAGAAACAGGAGCGUGAGAUGGUGUUGAAGCGGAUAGCUGAGGAUCGGAGAACCUUGCAGGCGAAAAGUCAGACAGCUCCUGUUUCAGAGACGACUCCUCCCGGUGAUCAGGGGCAGAAACUCGGGGGAAAGAUUCAGACAAAUAUAGAUAAUAAUUGUGUCCUCAUGAUUCGGCUGCCGUCGGGUGAGUCCAUGCGGGAGCGAUUCUCUGCCGACGCCUCGCUGCGCAGCGUCGUGGAGCACAUCAGUGGGCGCCACCCGUCCCUGCCCUGCUUUUCCCUCCUCCAGGGCUUCCCCCGGAAACGCUUCGGGGAGGCGGAGCUGGCGUGUUCGCUGCGCUCUCUGGGCCUCACGCCAAACGCUUCGCUGUGCAUUCAGACCACACCUCCAGAGACGCCUCAGGACCCCCCGAGCCCCGCAGACGCCCCUCCGGCAGGUCAGAAUGAGCCAUCGCCACACCUUUUACCUCCUCAGCCACAUAUACCCGUCCAGGACGACGUGGUAGGGCCGGACCCCGUUUUACCACCCCUGCUACCUAACCACGUGUGGGGGGAGGCAGUGAAUUAUGCUGGGAUACCUGGAGCUGAUCCUCCGCUGUCUGGACCCUCUCAUUUCUGGGGGCGAGGUCAGAGGCUGGUUCCUGGCGGCGCCGAGGAUCCUGCCGUCGAGCCUGAAGAGGAACAAGAGGAAGAAGAAGAAGAACCGCAUCACGUGCUUAACGGAAUGCCCCGGCUGCCUUUCUUUCCGGAGAACAGGAUGCGAGGAGGGUUUGAGCCGCGACAUUACUGGCCAGAUCAAGGAAACCGACUCAGAGAGGCUCCAGAGGAGGAAGCAGCUGCUGACCCGGAGGAGGCGGGAGGACCAGAGGCUCAUGUCGCUGCAGCCCAGGCUGCAGUGGAGCGUCUCCAGAGAGCGGCGCAGCAAGAGGACCACGGCCCCACUCAGGGGCUCCCAUCUCCACCUAAAAGACCCUUUAGGACACCAAACGUGCCGUCACUAUGUGCCUUGGCCACCCGAGCAACUGUCCACCUCAUGACCGCUCCCAGCAUGCAGUACAGCAGCAGUCUGGCGGGCCUGACCCCGGAGCUCGCAGAGCUGCUGCUCGACCACAUGUCGAAGGAGAGGCUGCUCCGGCCGCGCACCCUGGAGCUCUUCUUCGGCUGCCCUCUGCAGAAGUUUGUCCUAAACUGCUACCCUUACUCCACCAACGAGCUGCUGCGGCAGCUGCGGGCCUUCACGGCGCUGAAGCACCUCAGUCUGGUCAACUCCCCGCUCAUCACAGAUUCUGGCCUGUCGGUCCUGCCCAGCCUGGUCAAACUUCAGACCCUCAACCUGGCCUCCUGCUCCAAACUGACGGACUCCUGUCUGCAGUAUAUCACAGGUUUGAGGAGCCUGUGUUUCCUGUCCCUGGAUCAGACCAAAGUGACAGAUGCUGGGAUGGCACCAUAUCUCCAGUCAGCCCCUGCCUGUCUCUCUCAGCUCAGUCUGAACCAGACUGCGGUGACUGAAGCCACGCUGGCUGUGCUCCCCACCUGUGUGCCACAGUUACGACUUCUCAGCAUCAAGCAAACCAAGGUGAAGGAUGUGACAGCCCUGGCACAGAUGGCCGGUCUUCAGACUCUGUGUCUGGAUGGGACAGGUGUCACCGAGGAAUCUUUAAAGAGCCUCGCGACGCAUCCUGCUCUGUCUUCCCUCAGCUUGGCAGGAAUUCCCGUAACAGACGGCAACUCCACGCUCGAGAUUAUCUCAGGUCUGAAGCUGACUCACCUCAUCCUGCCCGGACGCCACACGGUGACAGAUGGUGGGCUGACGGCUCUCUCCAGGCUGUCGCUGCUGGCGGAGCUGGACCUGACGGACUACACACAUGUCACGGACCAGGGUGUGCACCGGCUCUCCAUCAUGACCAGGUUGAAGAAGCUGUCGCUCAGCAACACUCAGGUGACGGACGCGGGGCUGCCCUCGCUGCGGGGCCUGCAGGAGCUGCAGGAGCUGUGUUUGGACCGGACCACGGUGACCAGCCGAGGCGUGGCAGAACUCAUCACCUGUCUGCCGCACCUUCAGGUGUUGGGUUUAGCCAGCACACAGGUGGGAGAUACAGUAGUGAGGAGGGGUCUGAUCCGCUGUCCUCAGCUGAUUAAGGUCAACCUCAGCCGCACACGGAUCACAGAUCACGGUUUAAAGCACCUGAGAAGCCUGCGUCUUUCUCAGGUGAACCUGGACGGCACAGGCGUCAGCCUGACGGGCAUCGCCAACCUCCUGUCCGAGACCAGCAUCAGCAGCAUCCGGGCCAGCAACACUCGCACCAUUCCACUGGAUGAAGUCUCGGACGAGGAGUGGGAAGCUCAGUGAGCGUCGACGACCUCUCUGUUUUGGACACUUACCUGAGAACGGCUCUGCCUGCUGCUACCUCGCCCCGCCCCCUCUUCUUUAGCUCCCGAAAUAUGCUGCCGCCUGGAUUAUCUGGAGACGGCGUGAAGCGAAAACACUCCUCAGACUUGCACUAUUUCUACCGCAGCUAGUGCCGAUAAUCUUGACAAUCAAGCACGUUGAAGGGGAAGCCUUCUGUUCCACCUCAUCCUGUAUCAACAAGUCUAUUUACUAACAAACAUUAUCAGUAGAAAACCUAAUACAGCUUUAACAUUUAGCCUGCAGACCUGUACAUCAAAGCAGGAUACAUGUGUUGGAAAUGUAACACAGCAUGCACAAUUUAAAUCUGUUCAAAAUAUGGCUCCUGAUGUUAGGAUGUGAAGGCUCAUCUGUCUUUUACUAGAUGAAGUCUCUAUAUUAGAAACCAAUAUUGAUAAUAUUUUGUUGGCUUAGUGAUAAGUUAGGAUGGAAAAGUGAGAAAAUUUCUGAACACCAACCCUGAUGUGUGCUUUGAUGUAGUCAGUCUAGACCAGCUUCAAAGUUGGGUGCACUUCUGCACUAAGUGGUCUUUGUCCUCUUUAUACAGUUUAAGCCAAGAAAUGUCAAUAAUCAAGUCCAGUUUACCUACCACAGGUUAAUGUAGUGAUGCAAGAUCAGAACCCAAAGAAACUUAUUUUUUCUUUGUUUACAGAGUUGCAAUGUGUUUAUUUUCCCGAAACAGCCUGACUUUGAUACAGUCCCCGUAAUUGAUUAAUAAAGAUUUCUCAGUUUA